ACUAGAGUUUGCAGAAGAACUUGUUCAAAAAAAAGAAAAUAUGAAAUCCUCGAAAAGAGUCGAGUUUUUAUUGACUUCAGGCAUUAUCCUUGACUCUGCAUCUCGCGGAACCCAUGAAAUUGUCAAAUUAUGUCUUGACAAUUAUCCAGAGUUAAUGUGGGACAACGAUUUCCCAAAAGAAUUGAUGAGAGAAGUUGUGAAGGGACGACAAGUUGAGUUAUUUAGACUAGUGAACGCAUACAACAGAAUUCCAAAACUGAGUGAUGACAUUUUUAUGAACCGCGAACUGAUGGAGGCAGUAGUAGAAUGGUCACCUAGAUGCGUAUCAGCAGAUGUUCCUGGAGCAGCUUUUCUUUUGCAGAACGAACUUCAGUGGUUCAAGGCACUGGAAGAUAGGAGUGAUCAUUCCUUUAAAACUCUGAAAUUUAAGGUACUGGAAGAUACGGGUGAUCCUUCUUUUAGAAGUCUGAAAUUGGUAGAAACGAAAGAAAGGGGAGGGAAAACAUACUGGGAAAUUUUUGUAGAGCAGCGUCAAGAUUUGCUUAAAGAGGCAGGAGAGUGGAUUAAGAAUACAUCAUCAUCUUGUAGCCUCAUUGCAACUCUCAUUAUUACAGUAGCAAUCACUGCACUUUUUACAGUUCCUGGGGGCUACGACAACAAUACGGGGAUCCCAAUUUUUCUAAAGAAGGACUCACUCAUGAUAUUCGCAUUUGCAGACACUCUCGCUCUCUUCUCCUCUGUUACAGCCACUCUGAUGUUCUUGACCAUUGUUACUCCAUGCUACACAUUCGAAGAUAUUCUCCACUCGCUUCCAAGAAAGAUGAUAAUGGGCAUCUUUUCUCUCUUCCUCUCUUUGGCCUUUACGUUGGUGGCGUUUAGCUCUGCUCUUACGAUCAUCCUCAGCGAAAGAUUUAAAUGGAUUUACAUGCUAAUGACCGCGCUGGCUGCCAUCCCUAUUUGUUUUUUCUUAUACAUACAGUCUCCCUUGUACGUAAAAAUGGUCAAAUCCGUCUAUUGGCCUCGCCUCUACCAUACACUGAAGCCUAGGAAGAAAAGAGGGUGGGACUUCUUCAAUUUCAGUCCAAAAUUCUUUCGGACCAAAGCGUCAUGA